AUGACUACCUAUAAUGAUAAUACAAACAAACAUCAAAUAAAUAUCACAAAAUUAACAAAAGAUGAGUUGAAUUUUACAUUAUAUAAUAGUAACUCUGGAAUAGCUAAUGCAUUAAGAAGAAUAAUGCUAUCAGAAAUUCCAACAUUAGCUAUAGAUGUAGUAAAUGUUUAUGAAAAUACAAGUGCAUUUCAUGAUGAGUUUAUAGCACAUCGAUUAGGGUUAAUACCUAUAGAUAGUCGUAAUGUAAAUAAUUAUGAAUUUAGAGAAAAAUGUAAAUGUAAAGAAACAUGUUCUAAAUGUACUAUUCAAUAUAUUAUUGAAGUAAAAUGUAAUAAUACUAAUAAAAUUGAUGUAUCACAUUAUGAUAUUGAAUCAUUAGAACAUGAACCUAAUAUACCUAUGCCUAUUCCACAUGGUAAUAAAAAUUCUUUAAGAGAAAAUGCUAUACCUAUUGUUACUUUAUCCAAAAAUCAAACAUUACAUAUGAAACUAAUAGCUACUAAAGGUAUAGGUAAGAUGCAUGCAAAAUGGGUUCCUGCUAAUGUAUCUUAUCGUAUAGAUCAUAAAGUUCUUAUUAAACAUAAUUUAAUAGAUAAAUUAUCAAAUGAACAUAAACUAUUAUUAGCAAAUAAUCUAAAUAAAGAUUGUUAUACAUUAAAUAAAAAUACACAUGAUAAUAAUAAUAAUAAUAUACAAUUAAAAUUAAAAGAAGAUAUGUCUGUUGUUAUGGCAGAAAGUUCAAUUGAUCUUCUAUCAGAAUUAGGAUACAAAGAUAUUAUUAAAAUUGUUUAUGAUGAAUCCAUAUUUCAUUUUCAUGUAGAAUCUGUUGGAUCUAUUCCUCCUGAACAAAUUGUACAAAUGGCAAUUGAUAUAUUAGAAAAUAAAUUAAAGGUUCUAGAACCACAAAUUAAAUCAUCUUUCUAUUCUAUAGAUGAGGUAGCCAAACAACUAAAAGAACAAGGAGUUUCAUUAUAUGGAAUUCAACUAGACUUGGAAUAA